GUUGCCGUUACGAGUUUAGUCUUUAGUCGUGCCGCGUCCUUCUUCACGGUACAACGUCACUUCGUAGCUCAUCAAAGCCAGAUUAUUUUUUACGUCCGAAAGGGUGUUAACGAUAAAAAAGCAAAAGCCAUAAAAUCAAACAUUCCCAAGAUGGUCCAUCAAGUCAAAGACUCUGAUGACAUGAAAGCCCAGCUUAAAGCGGCUGGUGAUAAACUUGUUGUCGUUGACUUCUUCGCAACUUGGUGCGGACCCUGCAAAGCAAUCUCUCCAAAAGUCGAAGAGCUCGCUCAGACUUUGGGAGAUGCCGUUGUGUUCCUGAAAGUCGAUGUCGAUGAGUGCGAGGAUCUUGCUGCGGAGUAUGGAAUCUCGAGUAUGCCUACAUUCAUUUUCAUCAAAAAUGGCGAAACGCUGGAACAAUUCUCGGGAGCGAGUUUUGAUAAACUCCAAGAAACAGUCAAGAGGCGUCAGUGAAAAUAUUCUGACAAUCAUGUCACCGCAAAUCUACGAAUAAUCCACGUUUGAUUUUGUAUAAAUGUUAUCUUUGGAAUAUUUCUUCAACGUAUUAUAUGUAAAAAAGAAAAACAUAACGAAAAAAAUGUAGAAAAAUGAGCAUCGAGGUUUUCCGCUAUCAAUAUUGUUCAACACACAUUUGUAUAAUUUUUUCUUGCUUUCUUGGUACAGAGUGAAAAUCAUUGUCCGUUUUGCUGACACCAAUAUUUGAAAUGGCAAAUCAUCGGCUUGUAAAAAUAUACGAAUAAAUAUAGCAAAAUAUUCGAUCAAA